AUGGAACCGAUCUUCGAGUUACCACGUCCUGGUUCCGUUCCUCACGAUGCUAUGCUUCGUGUGUGUGCCACAAACCAUCAAUCUACCGCUCAUCGCGCACGACAUGAAUCUAGUGGUCGACAAUUUAUCGAUGGGCAACAUAACCAUCUCGAUUGCGCUUGUGAAGACCAUAGCUUUUUGGAUGAACGGCAAAUCUCGAAAAGUUCUAUUAUUUCUUGCGAAGCAAAACUCUAUCCGCCAUUUUUUUCUCUUGCAAGCAUUGAAGUUUCUACUCAAGUGCAUAGCCGAGGACUGGGCCACGACGGAGACGAAAACCAAACGAGAAACGAUGGUGAAGAUCGCUAG